AUGUCGCGUCACAUUUUUAACGAUUCCUAUGAACCAUCUCGUCGUCGUGUAACUCUUCAAUCGCAUCAACCAUCGGAUAGUUCAUCUCGACGAAAUAUGCCUCCAACAUUAAGAGACUUCGCUUCUCACUCCAAUGGAUUCCCAAAUUCAACAAGAUUAUCAUACAAUCGUAUGAACAAUGUUUAUGACGAUCCACCAGGUCGACGAUAUCGAUUAGAAACGCCUUCUAUGGGCCUCCUUGUACGCCCUCCUCAAUCGUAUGGUGCUGACCAUCAGGAUCAUUCUCAUUCAUCUAAUCGUCAUUAUUUCAAUAGUCAACAAACAUCAACAGGCUAUUCCUCACCUUCUCAAUUGUAUCCUCAUGAUCGAAGACGUCAUAGAGAAGAAACGCAUUACCCUCAAUCCUACGCACAACAUUCCAGUCAUCGAGCCGCCAACAGUCUAUUAGAACAUCAACACUUAAAUGCUGUUAGAUCGUCUGAUCCAGCUUCUAUUCUUAAUAACGUUCUACAAACUUUUUUUGGCGAACGUAAUCCACCAUUCCGCAAUAAUGACGUUGCUCGUUUAACUGUAGAUCCAAUGAGUUUAUUUGCAGCUGCAUUAAUAAUGGAAAGACCUGAUACUUUUACUGCUCCUGGUGCUUUUCAUAUUCACUUUGGCGACCUAUUUGAUUUACUUCCUCGUGGUGAACCACCUUCUGUUGGUCUAAGCGGAAAUGAUAUCGAGCGUUUACCUACGAUGACCUAUCGGAAAACGAGUAAAUCGAGCUCGACUGACGAAAAAUGUGCAAUUUGUUUAAGUGAAUAUAAAAAUGGUGAAACUGUCAAACGUUUACGAUGUAAACAUUUCUUUCAUCCCGAAUGUAUUGAUCCAUGGCUAAAGACGUCAACGCAAUGCCCAAUCUGUCGUGGUCAACAAACUGAUUAA